UAGAGGUCUGUGGAGGGCGAGUGCUUUUCUGUUCUCAGUAUUUUUUUUUAAUACAGAUUUAUAAUAGAUUUUCAUGGAGAAUUUUUUUUAAUGGAAUACAGCAAUCUAUUUGACAACUACCCUCAGAUGUAUUGACAGCUUCCUUUAAACUAUCCAGUUCCUCAUCUGUUGUUUUUUCAUUUUGUAUACUGCAAGUUCCCAAGCAACUCGAAUUUUGCAAACACAGCUGUGGAUACACUAUUUACUUUUACAGUCGUUACCUGGGAAUCUAGGUCUGUUUUUUAUUUUCCCCACCUCUCCACUUAUUAAUCAUAUAUAACUAGCAACAUUUAUGGUUAAAUUUUGAUUUACAAGUUCCUAAGUCUGGCCGAUGGUUUGUAACCUCUAGUUUGAAGCAAGAGAAGAAUGAGUAGUCAGGAACUGGUCACUCUGAACGUGGGAGGGAAGAUAUUCACAACAAAGUGUUCUACGAUAAAGCAGUUUCCUGCCUCUCGGUUGACACGAAUGUUAGAUGGAAGAGACCAAGAAUUCAAGAUGGUUGGUGGCCAGAUUUUUGUGGACAGAGAUGGCCAAUUAUUUAGUUUCAUCUUAGAUUUUUUGAGAACUCAACAGCUUUUAUUACCCACUGACUUCUCUGACUAUCUUAGGCUUCAGAGAGAGGCUCUUUUCUAUGAACUUGAUCCUCUGGUUGAUCUCUUAAACCAAGAAUACCAGUUACAGCCAAGACCCGCUCUUGUGGAGGUGCAUUUCCUAAGCCGAAACACUCAAGCUUUUUUCAGGGUGUUUGGCUCUUGCAGCAAAACAAUUGAGAUGCUAACUGGGAGGAUUACAGUGUUUAUUGAGCAACCUUCUGCAACUGCCUGGAGUAGUAGCUCUUUCCCUCCUCAGACGAUCUUACUUCCACUGCCUCCACAAAGACCUUCCUACCAUGACCUGGUUUUCCAGUGUGGCUCUGACAGCACUACUGACAACCAAACUGGACUCAGGUAUAUUUCUAUAAAACCUGACAACCGAAAAUUGGCCAACGGAACUAAUGUCCUCGGUUUACUGAUUGACACUUUAUUAAUGGAAGGCUUCCACCUCGUCAGCACUAGAACAGUAUCCCCUGAAGACAAAACCGAAUGCUAUAGCUUUGAAAGGAUGCAAAAGCCUGAAGCUCUCGCCAUGAACAAAACAGUGAAACCAGAGGCUACCAUCAUGCCAGAGCAAUCUCAGAAAAAGAAAUGAGAUUUUUGUAUUCUCUUUUAAAGAGAAAUUGCCAUUUUCUCAUAUGGAGAUUCCAUAUUUAGGUUAAACAUGUUCAUUGGACAUGUACUCUGCCUAACUUUUUGGCCUUGUCCCCCACCGUGCCAUCUGGGGCAGCUACACCUCAGCAAUGUGUACGCCACACUGACUGCUUGCUGCUUUCUGCACAACGCCAUGCACCUGGCGCCUUGGCACAUACUCCCCUGACUGCCAAGCUUCUUGCCCUUUCUCUUCUUCUUGAACAGUUACAUUCUUUCAAAAAUGGGCUCGGGAUUCACACUGCUUGAUUUCUAUUCCCAACUUCAUCACUGAUGAGCUAUACGACUUGGGCAAAUCAUUUAACCUAUUUGUGCCUCAACUUCUUCAUCUAUCAAAUGGGGAUAAUAAGUAUAUCUCCCUUGUAAGAUACAUGAGGAUUAAAGGAUAAUGUUCUCAACACAUUUCUUGGCACAUGGUAGGCACCCAGUAACUAUUAGUAGUGAUGAUGGUGAUGCUAAAGAUGAUGAAGAUGGGUUGCCCACUUUCAAUCACACCUCUUCUGUGAGACCUUGUUUUCCUCCUUCUCCAGGAUAUUAAUCAGCCCUUUCCUCUGCAGACUUAUAUGCCAUCAUAAAAACGAAUUUUUCUCACUUGAAUGUGAGCUCGAUCCACUCAAUAGUGCUAAACACUUAGUGAGAGGAAUAGUAUGUUUGUUACUAAUUAGCAGCUACAUUUGGUGAAAAACUUUUGAAUAACCUCUACUAACACUUAAAAUACACAUAUAAUUUGUUAAGAGCUCGCUCAAGAGUUUGAGCUCUGAGCAACAGUGGUUCGAUUCCUGGCCC